AUGGCUUCCAUGAUAAACCAUCGCUCGUCUAUUAAUUUAUUUAAAUUCUCCUGCCUCGUAUGGCUACUAAGCCGGUUCCAAGGAUCAACCUGCUCCAGUGACUGGCUAAGGGAAUGUGGAAACUGCAACUGCAAGUGGGUGUCUGGAAAAAAAACGGCGGACUGCCGUAACUUGAGUCUUCGCGGAGUCCCCGAAUACCUUAACUCGGAGGUUCAGGUGUUGGAUUUGUCACAAAAUCGCAUAUAUUAUUUGGAGGAAAACGUAUUCUCGUCUCUGCAGUUGCAGAAUUUGCAUAAACUUGUAAUAACGAAUGGUACUUUGAGGAGAAUUCAUCCGCAAAGCUUCACCCAACUGAAUAUACUAAUUGAACUUGAUUUAUCGAACAAUAAGAUUGAGGACCUCUUACCAAAUGUAUUUGAUCCGCUAUGUAAGGUUCGGUCUUUGGUGUUCAAUGGAAAUCUUUUACAAAGGAUUCAGCAAGGUGUUUUCCACAAUCUUAAAUAUCUGCACAAAAUAGAGCUAAAGCACAACCGCCUGAUAAGUAUUGAAAUCCAGGCUUUUGUUGGCGUGCCUCUAUUGUCGCAGAUUUAUUUGGAUGGCAACGAGCUUACACUCCUGCGAAAGGAAACUUUUAAAAAUUUGACCAAACUGAGCACCUUGUCUCUGGCUCAGAACCCCUGGAACUGCACGUGUGACCUCCAGCCAUUCCGCGAUUUCGUGGUAGAGAUGAACCUUUACACUCCGUCCAUCGAGUGUCAUUACCCAUUGCAAUUGCGGGGCCUGCAGUGGCUUGUGGAUAAACCAGUGGCGUUUGCUUGUAGGCCAAAGAUUGUGUAUCCGGGCCUUGGCAUUUCCAUUAACACGUCUAAGGAAAACGUGACGCUAAUUUGUCGUGUCCAAGGACCAAACAAUACCGUGAUUGCGUGGGACUUCAAUAAGCAGUUGUAUGUUGCUGGUUCCACGCGAUCUAUAAAUCAUUGGCAGCAGAGGGUUUACAUCGAAGUUGAAAAGGAAACGCCAGAUAAAAAUAUAGAUCAAUAUACUUUUGUAUCGCGGCUUACCAUCGUGAAUGCCAAGAAGUCCGACGAAGGAGUAUACACCUGCAUAGCCGAGAAUCCCGGUGGCAGAGACUUUGUUCAGAUGAGACUUGUGGUCCAGAACUCCGCAGAAUCCAAUCCGUUGGUUGACCUUAACUUUUUUUCAGUAGUGUGCAUCAUAACGUUUUGGUUCCUCGGCAUGUCGAUGCUGCUGUCCACGAUAACUUGCCUCCUUUACAGGCGACUAAGGAAAUUUUACCCAGAAAAGGAAACGAACCUGUUGCCGUUAAACUUUCCAUGCGAUGUUUCAAAUAGAGCUCAUGGCUUUACUGAUAGAACCUUGGAAUCCGACUCAUUCGAUAUUACUCAAAGUAGUAUCAGCUACGUGAUAGCUAAGCCCCACCAGAAUUUUAACAUAAGCGAAGAAAACACAAACAUAAACAAACAAAAUAAUUCCAGUACAGAGAAAAUUAAGGAUAAGAAUGAUUUGCCCGUCAAUAUUGAUUACAAAGUCGAUUGUCAAUUAAAAGAUAAGCUCAUCCAGGGCCAUUCGAACCGAUCUGUAGCUGGUACAUCAAACACGGAAAAAUCGGAACCUACUAGUCCAGAGAAGAAAACAACAAACUCCACACCCGUAUUAAAGAAACUUGGCCAUAUUUCCCGAAAACAGUAUAAUAGCAACGUUCAAAAAUAUUUGCAAGAAAAGUUUGGCAGUAUUCGUACCAAGGACCGCAAAGUUAAAGAUAUUUGUACUAGCCCAGAAAAAAAUAGUUUGUAA